AUUCAUUUUACGGGGAAAACUUUGCUGGCAGAUUGAUCCCUCUAAAUCAUUGAGACCAUACUAGCUCAUGUGGUACAGUCUGUCAGACAACCAUGUUUCUGCUUUUUUCUCUUAACACUAGUUCUUCUUCCUAAAGUUGUGCUGCCUUUCCUCCUUUUUUUUUCCUUGGGUUGUUGCCAACCUUGUUAUUCCUCCCUUUCACUUUCCUUCUCUAUCUCCAUCUCAACUUCUCUACAUCUCAGAGCCUCUCUUUGCUCUCGGACUCCUCCACCAUGGAUGCUCAGACUGUUGCUGCUGAUCAUACUUCUGCUACUGAUGAGCAAGUUGAGAAGAAGGAGAAUGAAGAAGGCAUUGGAGAGAAGACUGUUUCUUUGUCAAAUGCAAAUGAAGACGAAGUUGACAAGGCUGAAGAUGCAGCUCCUCCUAUGCCCAAGACAGAAGAAGAAGAAGCUGAGAGAGAAGAGAAGAAGGCCGAUGGUGAAGGAGCAUUAGAGGAAUCUGUUGCAGACAAUCUGAAGGAGAAAAUCAAGGAACUUCGUCCACAUUCACAGCCUCCAACAAUAAUCGAACCAGCCGCAGAUUCUGUGUCAGAGCCUAUUGUGAAUAAAGAAACAAAGCAAGAGAAGCAAGUGAAGGAAGAAGGCAUUCCUGAGGUGUCAGAUAAUAUGAAGCAAGACGAACAGAAGCUCGUUCCUGAUUCAGAGACAAUCAAUGUCAAGGAACCUGACGCAAAUCUUGCUACAGGCAACCCUGAAGUGUCUCAGCCCGCAGAAGCUACUGAGAAAGAGACGCCAAAGAAGCUAGAAACAGAGGAAGAGGAGCAAAGAAAGGCAGUGGUAGCUGAAACCAUAGAUAAUUCAAGUGACCCCGUUGAGGUUAAUCCUCCAAAAGUAUCAAAAUCAGAGGAAGUGAUAGAGACUGAGAAUUUAGAGACAAGUUCUGUCACGCCAGAGCAGGAAAAAUCAGAAGCAGAGAAAGAAGUGGAGAAAGAGGAGGCGGAGCAGCAAAUGACAGUUUCAAUUCCGGAACCUUCAGUUGAGGCCAUCCAAAAACCCAGUGAUGCAACUGUGGAAAAAGCAACAGAAGUAGAAAAAUCUGAUGGGGAGGUAGUGAAAGACAGUAGCGCCCACGAAGCAGGGCCCAAAGAACCAGAAAAUCCAGAACCUGUGGUUACAGAAGUUGAGGAUCACCCCAGUGAACCGGAAAAGCAAACCUUAGAUAAAGAACAAGAGGAGAAAUCCCAGACAGUUAUCUCUGAAAUCGGAGAGAAAGAUGAGGACACGGUUGAGGUUGGACCUCCUGACGAGCCAGAGAUAUUGAAAGAGACUGUGGACACACCAGAGCUCGGGUCUCUCCAAGUGGAGGAAGAGCCAAAAGAACUCUCAGAAGUUGAGAAAAAAGAUGAGGACGUGGAGACUAAACAAGAGCUCGUGUCUGAUGCUGUGGAGGAAAAGCCAAGAGAACUCUUAGAGUUUGAGAAAAAAGACGAUGACGUGUUGGCUAAACAAGAGCUUGUGUCUGAUGCAGUGGAGAAAAAGCCAAGAGAACUCUCAGAGUUUGAGAAAAAAGACGAGGACGUGGAGACUAAACAAGAGCUUGUGUCUGAUGCAGUGGAGGAAAGGCCAGGAGAAGAGGAUUCGAAGGUAGAGGAAAAGAUUAAGGAGGUGGUGACUGAGAACGAACUUGCGGGUGAGUCUGAGGCAACUAAAGAGACCUCAGAUGGUACAAUGAAGAAACAGAAAAUUGACAAGGAGGAGGAAACGAGUCUCACCAUUAACACUGCACAAGUUACACCAAAGGAGGAAGCUGAAGCAGCAUCUGCAAAUGUGGUAGAAUCUUCUCCUGUGACAGUAGAGAAAGUUGCUGAAGAAGAGAAACGUGACAAAGGGGAGGGAAUCAGUGUCGCCACAAACAUGGCACCAGUUGCAUCCAAGGAGGAAGGUGAAGUACCCACUGGAAAUGGGGUGGAAUCUUCUUCUGCAAUUGCAGAGAAAGUUGUUGAAGAAGAGAAAUGUGAGAGGGAGGGAAUUAGUGUCACCGGAAACACAACUCAAGCUGCACCCAAGGAGGAAGCUGAAGCAGGCUCUGCAGCCAAUGGAGUGGAAUCUUCUGUAGAUGAAGAGAAAGUUGUUGAAGAAGAGGGCAAGAAGGAUGAAGUCGAAGGGGUGUCAAAAGAAGUGGUCGGAGUUUCAGAAAAUACCCAACACAUUCCUGUUAAUCGGGAAAUUGAAACCAACCAGACAGAAGAAAAACAGAAUCCUACUGCUCCCAGUGUGGAAGAAAAGAAAGAAUUAAAGGCAUCUGAUGCUGUUGAAGAAUUGUCAAGAGAAGCAGAAGUGCAAGUAAACGAGGCUGUAGAACAAAAGAAUGAAGAGAAGGAAACAACAACUGAAGUAGAAGAAGAGGGUGUGAAAAUGGUGGCCACCAUAAAAGAUAAUCAGCCUGAAGCGGACAAGAUAGAGAAUAAGGUGGAUGAUGGGUCUUCAGUUGUAAGUGAGCCCAUUAGAGAAACUUUGGCAUCUAAAUUUGAAGAAGAGGAAUCGGGUGCAAAGAAAGAACGAGUCGAUGAGCCUGUGAAAACGGAGACUCCGAUUACAGAGGCUGCCACCAAAGAAAGCGAUGCCACGAAAACAGCCAAGGACCUUCCGAGAGAAACUGGGACCAAACAAUCUCAAAAGCAAUCAAAUAACAUAAUAUCAAAGGUCAAACAAUCACUAGUGAAAGCAAAGAAGGCUCUCACUGGGAAAUCCCCAAGCUCCAAGAAUCUCACUGCAGACACCAAAGGCGAUAUUAAAGUCAAAUAACGGUACAUAUGGAAUGGAUUCAGCAAGCUUUCAGAAUUUACAGAGGUGUUGUACUUUUCUCAGGGUUGUGGUGAAUAGCAUAGUUGUUUUUUUCUUAUUGGUUUUGGUUGUAAUUGAAUUGAAUGAAAAGAGUGUGCUGAGUGUAGUGUAAAUAGAAGAUCUACAUAUAGGCCAUGCUUUAAGCACUGCUGAAAUCUUUUUGAUUGUUUGUUUAUGCGUUAUUCAUUUUGGGGAUAUGUAUUGUUGUGUUCUUGAUUGUUCUUAAUAAAUUAUCGGAUCAAUUUAAAA